UAAGUGUUAGAGUGUUUCCAGAAGUAAGGGUUAUAGUGUUUAAGUGUUAGAGUGUUUCCAGAAGUAAGGGUUAUAGUGUUUAAGUGUUAGAGUGUUUCCAGAGGUAAGGGUUAUAGUGUUUAAGUGUUAAAGUGUUUCCAGAAGUAAGGGUUAUAGUGUUCAAGUGUUAAAGUCUUUCCAGAAGUAAGGGUUAUAGUGUUUAAGUGUUGAAGUGUUUCCAGAAGUAAGGGUUAUAGUGUUUAAGUGUUAGAGUGUUUCCAGAAGUAAGGGUUAUAGUGUUUAAGUGUUAAAGUGUUUCGAGAAGUAAGGGUUAAAGUGUUCAAGUGUUAAAGUGUUUCCAGAAUAGCUGACUGACCAACACCAAACCUUUGAAGUAAUACCAUGAACAUGGACAGUCUUUAUACUGUGUCGAGUGUGGUCACUAGCUUGUCUUUCUAUUUGGUCUUGGCCACAAUCAGUGCUGCAGUUUAUUUACUAUACACUAAGAUGGUGGACACGGACAACUGGCGCCACUAUGGUGUCAAGCAAGUCAGUAUGAUUAUUACUAAUCAAAGAACGUGUUUUGAACAACUUCUACGACAGCACGGGGACACAGUGGGUCUCAAACAAGCUCGGAUGAUGCUGAUCACCAGGGAUUUGAGAAUCCUGAAAGAGGUGAUGGUGAAAGAUUUUAACAACUUUGUGGACAGACCUGCCAACUUUCAUUCCCACUCUCUGAUCAAGGAAAGUGUUUUCUUUCUCAGGGGUCAAAACUGGCGCAGAAUCCGACAAAUUAUCACCCCUUCAUUCAGUUCUGGUAAAUUAAAAGGCAUCAUGUCAAUAAUUAACGAGAGAGCCAACCGUUUAGCCCAAGUUAUGGAGGAGCAUGCCAUGAAGGGUCAGCUGGUGCCCAUCAAGCACAGCACUGGUCAGUACACCGGUGAGGUCAUCGCCAGGACAGCCUUUGGUUUUAACUCGGACUGCCUGGGAGGAGAGGACGAUGAGUUCCUUUACCACAGCAAGAACAUCUUCAAACUCAAGAAUAAGUUCUCCACCAUCUUGGCUCCCUUUAUCAUGAGAUUCACUUCCUUCCACGGAUUUCUAGUUGAAAAACUAAAGCUGCGUGUGUUUGAUAUGGUCAAUUCUGAUGCUGACCGUUACUUCAAUGACCUACUUCGCAAAACACUUGAGCACAGACAGGAACUAGAGGACCGUGGUCAACGAUUACCUUCAGACUUAUUGCAAAGUUUUAUAAGAGCUAUGAAAGCUGGUGCUGACGAUAACGGAAACGAGGUGAGUUCCGAAGUCAAAGGCCAGUGGAUGGACAGCAAAACUUCGAAAACUAUGACUCAGGAAGAACUCAUCGCCCAGUCCUUGCUGAUCAUCUUCGCGGGGUUCGAAACUACAGCAACGACUUUACAAAUGUGCUGCUACAUGCUGGCCAAACAUCCCUACGUUCAAGAAAAACUGUAUCAAGAAAUUGAAAGUGUUGUGAAUUCUGAAUCUCCAACUUUUGAAGAGCUCACACAACUGACCUAUAUGGAACAGUUUAUCAACGAAACGUUGCGCCUCUAUCCCCCUGCUCCCGUCAUGUCGAGGCUAGCAGCUGAAACCAGAACAUACCAUGGCAUAACUAUUCCUAAAGGCGCCGCAGUCUUCAUCCCCAUAUUCGCUGUUCUCCUUGACCCUAAACAUUUCCCGGACCCAGAAAAAUUUGACCCUGAGAGAUUCAGCGAAGAGAAUAAGACAGCGCGAGAUAUUAUGUCUUUCAUGCCUUUUGGCUACGGGCCUCGUCUGUGCAUCGGGAUGAGACUGGCCUUGCAGGAACUAAAAGCAGCGUUGGUUUACCUGGUUCGAAAAGUUACAUUUGAAUUGAAUGACAGUACGUAUCCCAAGAUCGGGGAGGACGUUGAAAUCAAUUACAAAUUCAAUCUUAUUAACCCUGUCCAACCUAUCACGCUGGCAGUUCGGACCAGGAACUGAAAUUAUCCACGAUGUUAAUUAAAAGUGUAAAGUAUUAAACCUCUGACUCAGACAACAUUUAAAUCUGCUUGAGGUACACCAGAACCGUGUGAGCUUGUGAACUGAUUUGUUCACCAUCACGUGAGAGAGCCUUCGUUAUCUGUUUGCCCUGGACCUUUUCAUUCCUCUGUGUACGAUUUGCAGAGCAGCCAGACAAAUGUUUUCAUGAAUCAUCAUGUGUGAAUCAAACUUGUUUUGAUGUACACACAAAAUAGUGUAAAAAAAACUUUCCUGUAGAUUUUAAAGGAAAUAAUUUUUUAUUUUGAAUUUAAAAUAAAUAAAAAAACUAUCUACAA